AUGCGGCACUUGCCGCGCAGAGACGUUGACGAGGAAGUUCACGACGCAGCGGAGGAGCUUGGGAGAGCCAUUGGCGGAAGCGAAGGUCCGCGUAUGUGCGACGAAGACGAAGAAAAGGCUGCAGAAGGGAACGAAUUUUUCAGCACGAGACACUUUCUGCCGGACAGCGACCCGUGGGGUGGACCAGAAACAGUGUACAGCUCAAAUCCGCAGAGGUCGCUGGGCUUUAUGUGUCCAUUUUGCCUCUGCGUGACGCACUUGCCGGCCCAACAGGACUGCGGACACGUCUUGUGCUUCUCCUGCCUCCAGCAGUCCCUCUCUACAGUUGGCGCUUGUACGCUGUGUCAAGCACAGCAGAUGCUCGAGAUCCGUGAGACGGCGCUACUUGCUGCGCCAGAACAAACGAUGGGAAUGCCAUGUGUUCGUGCAGAGCGAGCUGGUCAUUUGCCGAUCUCGACGUCGGCUCAUUUGUCAGUAUUACAAAGAGCUGUUGGUCAAGCGGACCAUGUGCAUGUCAGUAGGAACAAGCACAGCAUGUAUGCUGACACGGACAUGUUUGCGGGCUACGAGGCAAACAAAGGGUACGAGGAUCUCGUGCCAAAUACCAGUGCAGCACCGUUCUUGUUCGACAGUCUGAGUGAUUUGGAUGACCUUAUCGAUCUUGAUGAUCUGGUUUCGUCGGACAGUGAGCAGCCUUCGUCAUUGGUAGCAGAAUUCGUCUCUCUGGAUGAAAACGUCACUGUGGAACCUUCGCGCCAUCCACGAACAUCGCUACCAAAAAGGAGCUUUGAUUCCAAGAAGACUAAAGCGCGUAAGUUGAAGCGCGGGGAGCUCGGCGCUACUCGAAUGGAGUGGCAAGUAGUGCGUUCAGAGGGCUCUCCACCGGAUCCACGAUACGAUUGUGGGCUCGCAAUGUAUGGAAACGUUAUGAUUGUUGUAGGCGGCAUCGUAGGCGAGUUACGGCUAAAUGACCUAUACACGUUAGAUCUUGCCGCAAAGCCUUUGCCUCAAUGGAUUCGACCGCCGGUUGGCGGUGUAUCGCCACCAUUAGGCCAUCUCCUCCAGAUUUUCGUCAUUGACGACAAUUUGUAUGCGAUUGGUGGCACCACUGAUGGUAAUUUUCUGACGGAACUUCACCGACUUCACCUCAAGUGUAGUGAGUGGAAGUGGGAAAAAAUUGAAGUGGCUGGAACGCCUCCGUCAAUGCGGUAUUGGUAUUCAUUGACAGUGUUGCAGGGGAUGGCAAUAUUGUACGGAGGCUACGGCCACCCUCGACGACUGAGUGAUACGUUUGCGCUUCGCUUCGACACCGAGGUUCCGACAUGGGUAGAACUUCAACCUCGCGGAGAGAUUCCGGGAUCGUCGUCGACGCACUCAGUAUGCGUCAUCAACGAUCGCAUGUACAUAUUUGGUGGAUACGACGGCAAGUGUCGUCGUGGCCAGCUUUUUUCAUUCGAGAUCGAAGAUGCUUCGAGUGAGCACAUCGAUUGUGUGUGGUGCAAAGUAGAGACUCAAGGGCGUGGCCCUGCAUUGCGCUACACGCAUUCGAGUGCCAGUAUUGGCUCGCAAUUGAUUGUCUACGGAGGUAAUACCGGGUGCUUGAAAGGCGACGCGUAUGUGCUGGACGUUGGAGCAGACGAAGACAUUCCGAUUUGGAAACCGGUCAAGUGUGAUCCCCCGUUGACUCCGCGUGCAUGGCACCGAACUGUGGUUUGCAAUGGCGCGAUGUACGUAUUUGGAGGCAACACUGCUGACGGGAAGGAGAAUAACGUGGUGCGCAUCGCGUUUUCAGCGGCUUAG